UUGUGACCGUUCUUGUCCGAUUGAUUUUACAUUAACUAAGGAAGAUCCAACCAGUUUCACAAUGUCGAGUUGGAAAAAAGCAUCGAAGUCGAACCAGAAAGUGCACCGCGAGCGUGCACAGCCAGCGGCUCGUGAGCAUUUGGGGGCGCUGGAGAAGAAGAAGGACUACAAGCAGCGCGCCAAUGAUCAGCAUCAGAAGGAUGCCACCCUGAAAGCGCUCCGGAAGCGGGCGCUCAACAAAAACCCCGACGAAUUCUACCACCACAUGAUAAAUUCGAAGAUCCAAAAAGGUGAACACCACGAGCUGGAACAGGGCGACGAGUUUACGAUGGAUCAGAUCAAGCUAAUGCAAACGCAAGACCUGAAGUAUGUGACGAUGAAGCGCACGAUGGAAGCUAAUAAAAUCCGUCGGCUGCAGAGUCAGCUCCACAUGACGGACAUCGUCAAUGGCACGCCCAACAACCACAUUUUCUUCGUCGACAAUGAUGAGGAAGCAACCAAUUUCAAUCUGGCAGCACGGCUUGACACACACCCGGAACUAAUCGGCCGCCGAACGAACCGGCCACGGCUAAAGGAUCUGGCAAAACUGAAACCGGACCGCUCUGAGCCCGAAGUUCUAGAGCGCAUCGCCCGGGAGCGCGAUCUGUCCUACAAUGAGCUGAAGCGCCGCAUUGAACGUGAGAAGGAGCUGGCCGUGGUGCAGAAGACACUGGAGAUCAAACGCACGUUAAAGCAGAAACGGAAAGCGCAACCGAAACGAGUGAAAAAGGGUACAGCCGACGGAGCACCAGUUUACCAGUUCCAGUACGAGCGCAAACGAUAAGACACCACGGAGCUACACUUUUUAUACUUCAAAAUAUACUUUAUUCAU